AUGGAUCGGAACGUCCGACUCUUGCUGGGACAGGGGGAGCUUUAUUCAGACCCUGGAAGGUAUAGGAGACUGGUAGGCAAGUUGAACUAUCUCACAGUCACUUGUCCUGACAUUGUUUUUGCUAUGAGUGUAGUUAGUCAGUUCCUUAGUUUUCCAUGUGAUUUUCACUGGGAUACUGUUAUUCGGAUUUUGAGAUAUAUCAAAAGAGCACCAGGUAAACGGCUACUCUAUGAGGAAAAGGGACACACAAAUAUUUGUUGUUAUGCAGAUGCAGAUUGGGCAGGAUCUCCUCUUGAUCGUCGGUCAACCUCUAGGUAUUGUGUUCUUGUUGGAGGAAAUCUGGUUUCUUGGAAAAGUAAGAAACAUAAUGUUGUAGCUAGAUUUAGUGCAGAGACAGAGUAUUGGGUUAUGGCUAAUGCAACUUGUGAGCUUAUCUGGCUUAAAACAACUUCUGCAGGAACUCAAGUUUUGUGA